AUGGGCUCAGAACUCGGCGCACCCGGCAAAGAGCCACCAGCUUACGGCGAAGUAUCAAGAGGAGCUCUUGCUCGGCUACCAGGAAGUGGAGCUCAAAUUGGCCCUAUCGCAUCAGCCCUUCUCACCAUGCGCUUAUCUUCCGACGAUCCAAAAGUCGCCUCAGCCAAGCUCACCACCUUCGUCCACAUCAACAACACCACCCCCUUCGAAACCCUCCAACGCCAAGUCCGCCAACGUUACCUCGAAAGCACCUGGAACUCGACCCGCCACUCUUUCACAUGGGAGUUAUGGUUCAUGUACAGCAAUGAAACAAGCACGUUCGUAGACGAAGAGUCAUGGCCGACUGCCCAGCUUGAGCUUCUGGCACAUUCGUAUCAAGCGGAUCAAGGGGCCGGGCUGCUGGUGGCGACUUAUACUAAGACAAAGUGGAAUCCUCGGGGCGCGCCGAGGAAUACGGAGCGUUUGAGGGUGUUGAUCGAGAGUUUUGGGAAGAGUGAAGGGAGGUUGGGUAGGGGAGGACGACAUGUGCCACCGCCGAUCUUGGGGUGUUGUGAUUAA